AGGACUUCCGUAAGGGAGCACUUUGCAUGAAAGCCUCCUGUUUGAGCCCUAAAUUUUGGCUUAAAUAGAACAAAAGGCAGGCAGAAAUGAUGGCGUGUUGGCGUAGAUGUUUCUAGUGCAGURGAAAUUCUUCUGUGCGUUUAUGCACGAUGCUUAAAAAGUCUGCAAUCGAGGGUUUGCGAGGAUUUCURAAGCAUGCCGAAACACUCAAGCCACMAAACAACCYUCAAAGAGAGAAUGGUUUUGCAAAAGAAUUUCAGGAGAUCAAAGAAGCUUCUUCUAGGAGAAAAAAGGACCCAAAAUACUCCACACACCAUGGAGAAAAGGAUGUAAAYAGACCMAAAAACCGCUACAAAGAUAUCAUGCCAUAUGAUUACUCUCGUAUUAUUUUGCCUGGUAUUGAAGGAAAAGAAGGAUCUGAUUACAUCAAUGGAAACUAUAUCAAGGGUCCUACAGAGGAAGUUGUUUAUCUUGCUGCACAAGGACCUYUACCGUCAACAGUUAAUGACUUCUGGAGAAUGAUACUAUCACAUCAAACACAGGUUAUUGUUAUGGCAUGUAGGGAAUAUGAGCUUGGAAAGCUCAAGUGUAAACGAUAUUGGCCUGAAAAACCCGAUGAAAAGCUGACUUUUGACUCCUGUGUAGUGUCUUUGAUAUCACAAGAAGAAAUGGGAGAUGGGUUUGUUAUUAGAACUCUGUCUGCAAAAGAUGAAAAUGGGGAAUUAAAAGUCACCCAGUUUCAUUACACUGCAUGGCCAGAUCAUGACGUACCACGUUCAGCGACACCUUUGAUUGAACUUACCAUGUCAUUCAGAGCAUUUGUUGGAAAUGAUAACAAUGUGCCUGUAGUUGUACAUUGCAGUGCUGGUUGUGGAAGAACAGGAACAAUUUGUGCUUUAGACUAUGCAUUAAGCCUCAUCAAACUAGGGCGGACGGAUAAUUUUAGUGUGUUUGACAUUGUGUCAACUUUACGUCGACAAAGAAUAGCUAUGGUCCAAACUAAGGAACAAUAUGAACUUGUCUACAAAGCUGUCAAAGAGAUUGUUAGCGAUGAAUUGCUUAAACAGCGAACCAGUAUGCAUACAUAUGUCAAUGUAUCAGUUGGAGAAGAGAUGCCAGAGGGUGAAAAUACCUAUGAAAAUGUAGAAUUUAUACGAAGUAUUCAAAGACUGCAYGAGGAAGAGAAGAAUGCUGCUCGAAAACCYAAGGAAUUACCUUCUAAAGGCAUUGUUGUGGCAMCAAAAAAAGAUGUUGUCCUUGCACCWCAGAAAAAUGUCCCUCAACGCAGCCAACCUGAUGUACCCCAGAACCGACUUCAAGAYAAAUACACAUCCAAUCACAUCCAAGGAAGUUUACCAGCCAAGCAGAARCCAGAACAGCCAGGAAAUGUCUCAAAGGAUAAUCUUCAACAGCCAACAACAAAGCCACCCAUAAAAAAGAAACCACAAUCUGGAUAUGAGAAUGUAUUACCUUUGUCUAUGGCUAAUCAUGCAUCCAAACCUACUAUUGAACCAAAGCCACAAAACUAUGUCAAUGUUGCCAUUGGAAACCAAAAAACAAAUACCAAAGAGGAUGAUUAUGUCAAUAUACCYCCACCAGUAACCAAAUCAGUACCAGUCCCUGACAAGGGUGAGCAUUCCAAAAAAGCUUCUAAACCUGUACUAGCUGCUCAUCCAKUACCAACAAAACCCUUGCCACCCCACCCUGGCUACCAAAAAAUGGCAAGUUUAAAUGGAGACGGCAAAGAUUAUGUUAUCCCCCCACCUUACCUCAAGGAAGAAGAAAAGACUUCAGAUUAUGUAAUUAUCCCAAGCGUGCCAGCUCCAGCAAAACCAGUUGAAGAAGGAAAUCUACUUGAUUUGUCUGACUCAGGACCCAGUUCACUACCAAUUUUACAACAAACGUMUCAGUCAGAUCAGGAAGUUCCGUUAGAUAAAAAAAUUAAAACUCUUGAUCCACUGUCAAUGACGGAUCUAUCACGCUCCUCGCCUUCACUGCAAACAAAAGACCCUGAUCACCAUCCCAGGAAACAGUCAAGAACUAGUGGAGGAUUAGCAAUAUCUGGACAAUACAGUCUUGUUGGUGUCUCUGAUUCAGGGUCACCAAAUCAAAGUGAUGUCAAAGACCCAUUUGAAAAUGUACCUAAAAUGAAGGGAAAUGUACCGGCGCCAAAGGGUCGAUCAUCAUUGGACCGUACAGUCGAAUCGGUUGUAGCUGAUUCAGCACCAGUCAAACUGGAAAAACCGGCUGUUGCUCCGCGUCGCUUAAGUGAAGCAUUAUUGAAAAGUUUCGUGAAUCAGRCCACCGUCGUGGAGAAGGGAGAUGUUACCCACACCCUCCCUAAGGGGAAAGCAGUACUUGGGACUUAUAGCAUGSUUGAUUUGCCAAAUUCAAAUUCACAAAGUAAUGUAAAAUCUGAUAGCUUAAUAGACUUAACUGAUGAAACGACACGAGAUUCCUCUCAAAACAUACCACACUGUCGUGUUAAAAAAUCCCACAGUACUGACAAUAUCAUUAGCAGUAAACCAGAUCUCUAUUCAUCCUUGCAAACGUCWAAAGAKGCUUCAACAKSCUCCUUUACAAAACRACAAAGUUUCGAUGCAARCGAKUCUAAUUACAGCACAGUUUCUGCUCCUCUAACGAGAAGAAGGAGCGAGGAUAUUUUGAGUUCGCCGAAAUCUGGUAUAUAUAGCAGCGCAGAUCGCGAAGCACCUGUKAAGGUAGCUUUAGAUUUGUCRGUAGAGGAGAGAAAGGAAUCGGGAGAUGUUCUUGGAAGUGGUUACGUGAGGAAAAAGCCUGUGGGAGUGAGACGAAGUAACAGUGGUGUAACUGCACCAUCAGCUGAUUUCAGUCUUAGAGGAGAAGUUGACAAUCUAUACGCCACAGUUGGCGCCAAGUCCCGAGACAAAAGACGGCCAUUGGCUGUCGAUAUCCGUUGGUCAAACGAUGAUUCGCCGGUMUCUUCCUUAGAAAGACCAAUGAACAGAUCUAGCAAUUCAAGYAGCAGCUUACGAAGUUUUAACUCGACAUCGAGUAACGACUCGUUAGAAGAYGCUCCUCCAGUCCCUUCAAAGACAGCAGACACCUAUCUCUAUCCAGAUGAUGAAGAUGCGUAUGACAACGUCCAAAAGUCUUCCCAGAAGUCAACACUGAACAGAAUCAAAAACAAAGCGAAAAAUAUGAUGCAUUCGGGCCCACAUGGUCCAAAGAUCUCUUUGGGACGAAAGAAUGCUGCAAGUACUGAUUCACUCGCAUCUGGAGAAGGUCAAGACUCUUACACCAGUCAUAAAGGUUAUGGAACUCAUAUUGGCAAGCCUCAAGGGCCCAGACAAUGCCCAAACCAUUGGCCAAAAUUCAAAAAAUAAGCAAGCUUUCAGACUGUAAAAAAAUUCUAAAUGCCGAAAAGGAAAUACGAUAAAUAGGAAAAUAGAAAAACGGCAUGGAAACAUAUUCAACUCGGGGGUAAAAUUGUACCAAAUARUAUAUUUUGAAUGUAAAUUUGAGUAUUUUUGAUAACAAUCUAGCGGAUUGGAAUUAUGUUUAUUAGAAUUCCUAUGAAUAGACAUUUUUUGACGUACAUGUAAUUAUCAAUGAUUUAAAAUGUCUUGAGGACAUUGUUUAAAYACGUAUUUUUCAAAUUGAAAAUCCCCGAGUAUAAAAUCAAGUUUCUGCACUUUUUGCUGUAUUUUGAAAUCGGUAAAGAACAACAAGUUAUUACUACCUAGCGCAAUAUACUUUAAAGUACUUUGUAAAUGAAUACUUUAUUUUUUUAUAAACUAACGUAGGUUGACAAUUCUCAUGUUGUUCAAAAAUGAAUAAAUUUAAAUUCCGACGUA